UAAGAAUAAGCUGAGUCUAUUUACAUUUUUCGCACAUAUUUUAGACAAACUUAUCGUACAAAUAAAUUCACAACAGUUUGUGUGGAUACGAUAUCAAAUGUCUGUUCUAGCUUUCACCUCAAGUUUAUUUCAUUUCGUCUUAUCUUCCAUCGCGUAACAUUUGGGUAAAAUUGCUUAACAGUCUUCUGGAAAUCUGCAUAAUAGUAUAAAAGCAAGCAGUUUUUGGUGGACCUCUUCAGUAUCUAGUGCGAUUUUCCUGUGACAUGUUGCCUCUAGUAAUCCUCUUGAGCUUUAGUGUUGUUGCACAGGGUCAGUUUGAUCCUAAUUUUGCGCCAAAGCGCAAUGUGAUUGUGCACCUGUUCGAGUGGAAGUGGACCGACAUCGCGGUGGAGUGCGAAGAGUUCUUGGGACCGAAAGGCUUUGCUGGAGUGCAAGUUUCAUCUCCAGCUGAGAAUGCCAUCGUCACGGAUCCUCCGUAUCCAUUCGGCAACCGUCCUUGGUGGGAGCGCUAUCAAAUCAUAUCGUACAAGCUGAAAACAAGGUCCGGCAAUGCGAAGGAGUUCGCAGACAUGGUGCGCAGAUGCAACGACGUUGGUGUACGGAUUUAUCCCGAUGCUGUCUUCAAUCAUAUGGGCUCCCUGGCGAAUAUGGUGGGAACUGGAGGAUCGACAGCUGAUGGUGUGGAGAGAUCAUAUCCCGCUGUUCCUUAUUCCGCCGAAGACUUUCACACUUCCUGCUUAAUUGAAGACUGGAAUGAUGCGGCGCAAGUGCGCAAUUGUGGACUCUUCGGUGCCCCUGAUCUAAAUCACACACUCGAGUAUGUCAGGGAGAAAAUAGUGGAAUAUCUUGAUCACUUGGUCACUCUCGGUGUGGCUGGAUUCCGGGUAGAUUCCGCGAAGCACAUGUGGCCAUCUGAACUGGAGCUAAUCUAUGGGAAAGUGCGCAAUUUGAACACCAAACAUGGAUUCCCGGAGAACACCAGGCCAUUCUUCUACCAGGAAGUUAUUGAUGUUGGCUUUGACGUGGUCUCAAAAUACGAAUACACCGGCUUAGGCGCUGUGACAGAGUUUUCUGCCUCAUACAAUCUUGGUCACACCUUCAGGGGAAACGAUCAGUUGGACGCACUGGCUAAUUGGGGUGUUCCUUGGGGCUUCUUGCCAUCAAAUCGCGCUCUGGUCUUCGUUGAGAAUCACGACAACGAGCGCGGAACUUCUGGAGACCAGAUUCUCACCUACAAAGAUGGAAAACCCUACAGAAUGGCCGUGGCCUUCAACAUUGCUCAUCCUUACGGCAUCACCCGAAUUAUGUCCUCAUUCUUCUUUGAGUUCACCAAUAUUGACCAAAGUCCGCCGAUGGACGACAAUCAGGACAUCAUUUCGCGCAUCAUCAAUCCUGACGGGUCCUGCGGAAACGGAUGGGUUUGUCAGCACAGAUGGCAUCAAAUCUACAGCAUGGUGCGCUUCAAGAACGUGGUGAAGGAUGCGGAAUUGAGCAAUUGGUGGUCGAAUGGAAACAACCAGAUCGCUUUCGCUCGAAGCGGACGAGGAUUCGUGGCCUUCAACAACGAAGGAUCGGACAUGAGUGUCAAUCUGCAGACCUCGCUUCCGGCUGGAACUUACUGCGACGUGAUCUCGGGAGGCAAAGACGGCGCGAGCUGCACUGGAAAGUCCGUUGUGGUGCAAGACGACGGAACGGCGGACAUCGUCAUCGGUGCCGCGGAAGAUGACGGAGUUCUGGCCAUUCACUUGAAGGAAAAACUGUAAAUCAUAAUUUUAACUAUACUCU